UCGGAGGUCGGAGGCGUUAAAAGCAAGCGAGUCGCGCGAUCGGCGAGAUGUUCGCUGUCAUCGCGACAUGUCGUUUUUUUUUUCAACUCUGCCGCCAAAUUAAUCUCCACGCACUUUGCCUCGCCGCCAGUUCACACUUUGGCGCUUCGCACACAGCGUGAAGGAUAUGAAGAAGUCAUGCACACAUAUUCCUGUCAUGACGAGCAACAGCAAGAGCAUUCGCGUGAAUUAUUGCGGUCUCGCCGCGAUUUCAUCCCUUUGACUCGCUCCCACGAGGGAAGAAUCAAAAACUCCCGGCGAAGAACACCGGACUGUUUGGGUCAGGUGACGGACGUCGCGUUUGACCAGCAGGGAGGACGGAAUAUGGGCCUAAAGGCAGCCGUUCAGGCUCUGAAGAAAGCGGAACCGUUAAAGGACAAAGUCCAGCGCUGCAAGGAUUUGCUUAACGACAACGAUGCCUGGGUAUGUCAGCAGCAGCUGCAAAAGAUAUAUCAGCAGGUCCUCAUACUGGAUCUCGAGUACGCCCUGGACAAGAAGGUCGAGCAGGAGCUGUGGAGUCUUGGAUUUAAGAAUUAUAUAGUGACCCUGCAGUCGCAGGCCAAGGACAGGAAGAAUCCCAAGCGAGGCGAGUCCCAGGCGCUGCUCAGUUGGUGCCUAGAAGCGGCCAGCGGUUUCUACUUGACCUUGCUGCAGGAGAUCUGCACUGUAUUUGAUUUGGAUCUACCGUUUAGAAGGAAAGGUUACGUGUACGGAUGUACGUCCCCAUGGAAGGCCGUCGAGAAAUUGUCUCCGCCUCACAAAUCUUCUUGCUUUUACGCUUGCCAAUAUUGCCUUGUACAUCUGGGCGAUAUCGCACGAUACAGAAAUGAGAGCAAACAAGCCGAGAUGUUUUACAGACACGCUGUCUCGCUAUCACCAUCCAGCGGGCAGCCGUAUAACCAAUUGGCGCUCCUGGAGGCUUCGCGUGGUGAUAAAUUGGGCACGGUGUUUCACUACGCGCGUUCAGUAGCCGUGAAACAUCCCUUUCCGGUCGCUACGGCAAACCUCGCCACAACUCUGUCCUCCGCGUUGAACGACAAAUCCUUCAAUAUUGACGGCAAGACCAAAUUGAAUUCUCAGGAAUACAUCGCUGUUUUUCUGAAGCUCCAUGGAAUAAUCCACAUACUUGGCGACUUGAAGUUGGCAUGCUUGUACAGCAAGCAAUUGACGGAAACGCUGACCGCGUUGGUGGCCACUGAGAGUUUCAGUUCGUGGAUGCUCGUGCAGAUGUUUGUGAUCAAUCUAUACGCUCUGCAACACACAGCCGGGAUUGGCACCGAUAGCAUGGAAUUGCUCAGGAACGAGCAAAUAGCCAACGAUAAAAAGCUCGCCCGCAACUGCAUACUGGACCUAAUCGCGGGCACUCUGUCUGCCUUGCUGCUACCUGUCUACACGAUAAAGAACUCCAUCAUCGAGUACUUUGCCUUGCCUUCAAUAAAACUGUGCCUUGAUUGGAUCAACAUAAAACCUACGGUUUUGGAAGAAGUUGCUUUUACAUCAAGAUUACAGAUUUGGCCCAGCCUUUGCGUGCUUUUGAAUGCCUUGCAGAACUGCGUCGUGGACUUUAAAUAUGAUGAAUAUGUUGCAGUACCACUGCCAGAAGACCGCGACCUUCAGGGUUUUCUACCGUUAGAGAAGAGUUUCGAGAAUCUCAGAUUCGCGAAUACAGCGCUCGAAGGUGACGUCGCGACAUUAAACAAGCUACGGGCGGUACGCAUUCUGCAGCUGGGCCGUUGCUUCGCUCAGUAUCAAAUCAACGGAUCGACGCCGAUCUCGAUUAUGACGGAGGAGAAAACGGGCGAUAACAAAUUCACGUCUAUGAGCAAUGGCGCUGGGCCCAGCAACGAGUUGAUGAAGGAACUCGAGGAGCUUAGCUUGAACAAGGACAAGCAACUCGACACUUCGAUAAGCCCGGUACUGUCCGAGGCGACUAGCAGCAAAAGUUCUGUGGAAACCGACCUCGAGAUUUCUGCAGAUAAGAAGAUUUUCCAGGGUAUUCUUAAACCGCAGGGCUCCUUGGAACGAAAUCGAGACUCCUCGGUGAGUGUCGCGGAGACGAGCAGCAGCGAGGCGAGCGCUCUUCCAACGUGUGCGAGAAAACCGCGACAGAACAUAGCGAUGCAGGCGAUCAUGCGUCGCGCGGAGAACGAGCAGAAGCAAGUGACGUUCAAGAACGUGUCACCUGUGAUCGUCGAGGAGGAGAGUGACAGAAAGGCGAAGGUAGCGAGCGCCGUUCCGUCGAUUGCUUCUGUUGCAAACAAACCGACGCCAAUUCCGGAGAUGCCGAAAGCUAGUGAAGCUGCCAAUGCAAAUAAUAUCCUUUUCAACGUUCAGAAUCGACUACCGGCGAUGUCGCUCGCCCCGUCCGCCGGUCAGGGCCAAUCCGCGUCGAUUCAGAGCCAGCAGCAGAGACCAGCUAAAUUGCCGCCUAGCAUCCCCAUGCCACCAGGUCCAGUGAAUCAAUUGGCAACCAAAGAGACUCAACAAGUCGCUCAGCAAAUCCUCCCGCAAAUGCACACCGCCAUGACGUCGCAGUGCGCUCAACAGGCGUCGACACUGGGGCCGGUCUGCUACCCGAAUCAAUCGUUCAACGUGCAGAAUCCGCAGUUCGCCAAGAACUUCAUGGCGAAUCGAUCGCCGCUGGCGAACGCGCCGCGUUAUCAGAUGCAAGGGCAACUCGGUAGUAACGGCCAGCCAUCGGUUCCACCGAUGCCGCAGAGCGUUAAUGGGAUACACCACACGAUCAAUCAGAGCAGACCGUUGCAUCAGAGGAUGCCGCAGAACGUAUCUCACAGUCCCGCGCAGUUGCUGCAGCAAAACAUACAGCUGGGAUCGCCUGCUCAGCAAAACAUGAUGUCGCAAAGCAUGAGUUUGCAAACGAAUAGUAUGGGGCUGCAACCAGGUAUGGGCAUGGAGCAACAGAACCACUCGAUGGGGCUGCAACAGCAACCGGGCAUGAUGCAGAGCAAUCCCAGACCGAGCGACAUGCACAGUCAGUUGAAUAUGAACGGCUCGAAUAUGGCAAACAUGUCGGCGAUGAUAUCGGCGUUGUCGGUGUACGAGAAGGAUCCCCAGCAGCAGACUCUGACGACGUUGGCGAGCUCACAGAGCCCGACCAACACGUCCAAUUUCCCGCUGAACUUCAAUCAGUUCAGUCCAAACCCAGCCUUCGGACAACCGUUGUCGCAAAGUCAAAUGUCGCCGUCGUUCUACAAGAAGAAUUCCGACGCGAUGGACUUCCCGUUCCCGAAUCAGGUCAACGUGGCUAAGAGUCAGUCGCAACAGCAGCAACCGCAGACCGCGACGAACAGUUACAUGUUCUGCAAUUACGAGCCGACUGAGCAAUUCAACUUGUGGAAGGACAGUCGACCACCUCAACCGCCGAUUACCUGGUGGGGUUCGACUGGCAAUGCAACGGCCCAGAUGCAUAUGAAGGAUUCGACCGCUAAUGAUAACACAUUCUCGAACUGGAGCGAUUCAACCACUCUCGGAAAUACGGCGAGUAGAAUGCCGUUGACACCGGGCAAAAAUUAUCAGUCGCAACAACAAAACGGACAACAUGGCAGACAUCUUAUGGCAGGAAGUAACUUUGAGGAUUCCAGAUUGUUUGAGCUCGAACAGAAGCCGUCCCAAGCAGUGAGCACCGGCAACACUUACUCCUUGUUCAGUGGCAACACGUGGAGUACCGUUAACGCAUCAAUUAAUUCGGGCUCGAGCAAUCAAGAUCAAGUGAAAACACGGCUCCAUCAGCAGUCUCUGUGGUCCGGGCCGGGUCCUUCCCCGUUGGAGCGGCUUCUGGAGCAACAAAAGUCGCUGCGCGAGGGAGGCACCACUUGAAGGAACGCGCGGAGGAUCCGCUGAGGAGGACAAGCAGAAUGUAAUUUCGCAUUCAGCGUAUGCCGAAUUUAAGUAACCACAAUGCGUGCGCGACGGCGAAUAAUUACCUAACCAUUCGACAAGAGAUGUACGAAAUUCUCAAAAGAUACGUAGGGAAGAGCAGAUAACUGAGGUUGACCGUGGCGUAGCGUCUUCCUCGAGGCAUUAUGAUAUGCACAGGGGUAAUAUAAUCUUCGUUAUUUUUCAAUUGCACAUGUGACAUCUGCGAGACUCGGUAUACACAUUUUUCGGAAUGGAUUUCUUGCGAAAUUAAAGCGAAGCGAGAGACAAAUGUUUGCCGAAUGGCGAUUCACAAUUGCAAUUUAAUUCGUAUGGGAAUAAAUAUAGAAAAGCAACAAGAAAAAAAAAAGGUAUUAGAAGUGCGAGAUGCGGUAGCUGUUAGCAAAAAAAAAAACGUUAAUUAGUACACAGGAAAUAAAGGAAAAUGUAGACACUAAUUACGAGUGACGCGCGCAUGACUUUGUAUAUCUUUGGCGUAGAAGACGCACAAUAAACACGUCUCAUUUAUCGAAUCUGAUCUGAGCGGCGCGCGUCGUCCUGUUUCGACUUCACAACAAUCUCGGAUGCCGAGACUGUACUUGAAAAAAAUCAGACGGAUGAACGACAAUUAUAAUUGAACACACUCGUUUUUAACGUAAUAACUUUAUUUCGUAUAUAGAAGUAUCACAAUUAAUAACUUUUCUGUCCGUAAUAUUAUAUGUAAGUUAUAUCACAUACGUCGUGACUAUAAUACACACACACACACGUACGUCACGAAGUUCUCCGUUUCGUCACGAUUAAAGUUCUUAAAAAUUUUUAUUCCACAUCGAAACUUCUGAUAUUAAUUUACUGAAAAAAUAUAUAGGAAGUGUUCCAGGCAAAA